AUGAUCCUGCUCCUCUGCUGCUCUUAUGCUGCUGUGACCACGGCUCAGGCUGAAGAGCCAGACCCAUGUGACCACUACAAUGUCCUGAAUGACACCUGGAGGGCCACCACCAACACAAACUGGCAAGAAAGCCACUGUGACAAAGACGUCCAGUUUAAGGGAUGGUACCGCCUGUUCUAUGAGGGGCGCAGUGUCCGUCUGCCAGACAGCUGUGUGGAUAAAUAUCGGUGUGGCACUACGUAUCCCUUGUGGCUGGCAAGCCCACAUCCCAAACCAGAAGACGGUAUCGUCACAAUGACAGUGAAGGAAACCAUUAGUCACAGUUGUUCGAGCUUCCCGACGAGGGAGCCUAUCCGGGUGAAAAUGUGUCCAGGAAACUAUCCUGUUUAUGAACUAGUGGACCCUAAUAGUGAAUGUCCAUAUGCAUACUGUGCAGAUGUAUCUAUUCCUACAACUCCUACACCUGGAGACCCAUGUGACCACUACACUGUGCUGAAUGACACCUGGAGGGCCACCACCAACACACACUGGCAAGAAGGCCACAGUGACCAGGACGUCCAGUGGCACGGCUGGUACCGCAUGUUCUAUGAGGGGCGCAGCGUCCGCAUCCCAGAGGGUUUUGUGAAAAAAUAUCGUUGUGGGACUACGUAUCCCUUGUACAUGAGGGACCCACACCCCACACCUGAAGAUGGUGUCGUCAUUAGGCAGGUGUAUGCAACCAUUAGUGAUGUUUUCUUCCUCCCGGAGAAUCCCAUCCGGGUGAAAAUGUGUCCAGGAAACUAUCCGGUCUAUGAACUAGUGAGCCCGGAAUAUGGUGCAUCUGCAUACUGUAUAGAUCCUGAGAAGCCUGUGGCGAAGCAGCUGGAGGACUUGGUGGCAAAGGCAGACGCCUGAAGAACCCACUGAUGACCUCAUCAGCCCAAACUAAUCAAUCAACUCUUUUCCUCAACUACUGUAUACCAA